AUGAUUAAAAAUUUUUUGAAUACUUUAGAAGAUCCAGAGCGACCUCUUCUAGGUCCAAACUAUAAGUUUUUAAUAAAAAUGGGCAUGCUAUUUCCGAAAAACAAACUAGGCAGAUUUUUUUUCUAUUUUUUGCCACAUCCAGUCGCAGUUAUCACUGCGGCAGCAACUUUCGAGUUGUAUUGCGUGAGAACAGAUCUUAAUACAGUAUUGAACAAUCUUAAAUUUAGCACGCUUGGGCUUGUGAUUUUGGCUAAGGUUAAAAUAUUCAUAUUUGGGCAAGAACGAUGGCGUAAGAUCAUCGAAUAUGUAACUGAAGCUGACAAAUACGAGCGGUUGACGUGUGAUGAAAUAAGAGGUAGAAUCAUAGAAAAAUAUACUAAAUUCGGUCGACUUGUUACAUAUAUUCACGUAGUUAUGACGGGGUUGACUUUCAUCGCAAUUACCGCAUCUCCUAUGUUACUUUAUUCUUCGAAAACACUAAGGAAUAAUAUACGUAAUGGAACUGCACCAUUUCCCCAUAUUGUAAGUAUGUGGACGCCGUUUGACAAAAAUCAGUUUCCUGGUAUUGUAAUACUCAUCACCUACCAGACUCUCGGAGCUCUGUGGGCGACUGGAUUCAUGCCGGCAUGCGACUCCAUAAUUUUAGUCACAAUGUUAUUCUUUGGAGGGAAAUUGGAAUUAUUGCGAGAAAGAAGCAAACAGAUGCUGGGAACGGACGGUAAAGGGAUCUCAGAUGAAGCAGCUAAUAGAAUAACUGGUGAACUUCAUGAUGCACACGUAUUGCUUAUGGAACAUAUGAAGAUGCUAAAUACUAUAGUAUCGCCGGUCAUGUUCACAUAUGUUUUCGUCUGUUCCUUGAUGAUCUGUGCCAGUAUGUUCCAAGUUGUUAAUGCAACAACAACGUUUGAGAAGUUUAUUUUGCUGCAAUAUCUGAUCUUCGCCAUAGCACAGCUGUUUCUCUUCUGCUGGUUCAGCAGCGAACUACAAAGAAAAAAUGAACUAGUCAUGCUCGGCCCCUACGAAUGCCAGUGGUGGGCGGCUAAUGCACGGCAGCGGAAGAACGUGAUGAUACUGGCUGGGCAAUUCAGCAAAGUCUUCAUCUUCACUGCAGGGCCAUUCUCGAACCUCUCUUUGGAAUUGUUUGUUUCGGUCGUAAAAGGCGCAUACAGCUUCUAUACUUUGUUGCGUGACUAG